AUGUCCAGAGCUGCAAAGCCAGCUGCCUCCGCAACGCGGCUGUCUCUCAUACAGAAGAUUGAUAUGCUCCCCGCACUUGUCUCAAUCUUGUCUGUUGGUUUUAUAUCGCUCUUUUCAGGCCUUGUUCGAGGUAAGAAGGGGGCACCGAGCCUCCACCUUCAUAUCGCCUACGCCAUUUUGCGGAAGGCGACAGCUCGCCUGUCGCCGCUUCAACUACAACUAGUUUCCCCGUCGACAGAGGCCACCUACCUGCAAUAUAUGCAGUCGGCGCGGCAGACUCCUCAGAGCGUGGAUUUGGGCAACGAUGCCAAAGGUCACUGGCUUGGGAAUAAAAAUGCGAAGAAAGUGCUUGUCUGGUAUCACGGAGGCGGAUUCUGUUUACCAGCCAACAUGGGCUACUUCAAGUUCUUCGAACAAUUGGUCCAGUCUACUGGAGCUUCUAGCCAUGACCUAGCAGUUUUUGCGCUCUCCUACACUCUGGCCCCACAUGCACGGUACCCAAAACAACUGAGUCAGGCGGUUGAGGCAUUACGGUAUAUUGUGAUGCAAACACACCGCAGCCCACUGGACGUGUUCGUUGGCGGAGACUCUGCUGGGGGAAACCUGGCCGUAGGUUUGCUGUCGCACCUUUCUCAUCCUCAUCCUGCCAUCCCGGCCCUGAAUCUGGAGGAGCCACUAGCCGGCGUCAUGCUGAUCUCGCCCUGGACUUCUCUGGAUGCUAACCCUGUUGGGGUAUUCAACAACAUCGGGGAUUUGAUCACGACGCAAGUUGCAGGUCCGUGGUCAAGUGCAUAUCUUGGCGACGCCGAGAGAGACUACUACAGUGAUCCGUCCAAUGCUCCGUCUAGCUGGUUCGAAAACCUGCUGGUCAAAGAGAUACUGGUCCUGGGAGGAGGUAAUGAGAUUAUGAGGUCUAUGAUUGAAGGUUUUGUGGCAAAAGUCCAGAUGGCUUUUCCUUCGGUAGAGCUGUUUAUCGGAGAACGCGAGGCUCAUGUCGCGCCGGUGUUUGAUCUUUAUGUCGGAUCGAAGAUUGAGACGAAGCAAGGGAAAGCAUUGAAGGAGUGGCUAAAGAAGAUGCUCUAG